AGGGACGGAGUUAGAAGUUUAGAGCGGAGGAGGAGGGUGUUGUGCCACGAACGAAAGGGAUCGUUAUCUAAAGUGUAUAUAACUUAAUUUAUUAUUUUGAUAUCCGCUCUCCGGAGCCUGUAAAAGUCCUACAACAAAAUGGGUAAAGGAGCGGGACGGGAUAAGUAUGAGCCUGCAGCAACAUCUGAGCACGGAGAUGGCAAAAGCAAAAAGAAGGCUAAGAAAGAGAAGGAUAUGGAAGAACUUAAGAAGGAAGUUGCUCUAGAUGAUCAUAAGUUGUCGCUUGAUGAGCUUCAUCGGAAAUAUGGAACCGACCUGAGCAGAGGACUCACAACAGCCCGUGCUGCAGAGAUCCUGGCUCGAGAUGGCCCAAAUGCUUUGACCCCUCCUCCUACCACUCCAGAGUGGGUGAAGUUCUGCAAACAGUUGUUUGGAGGUUUCUCUAUUCUUCUGUGGAUUGGGGCAGUUCUUUGCUUCCUUGCAUACGGGAUCCAGGCUGCUACAGAAGACGAACCUGUUAAUGAUAAUUUGUAUCUUGGUAUUGUGCUAGCAGCUGUUGUCAUCAUCACUGGCUGUUUCUCCUACUACCAAGAAGCAAAGAGCUCCAGGAUAAUGGAUUCGUUCAAGAAAAUGGUUCCACAACAAGCUCUUGUGAUCCGAAAUGGAGAGAAACUGAGCAUCAAUGCUGAAGCUGUAGUUGUUGGGGAUUUAGUGGAAGUAAAAGGUGGCGAUCGUAUUCCAGCAGAUCUCAGAAUCAUCUCCGCACAUGGUUGUAAGGUUGAUAAUUCUUCACUAACUGGUGAAUCAGAACCUCAGACAAGAUCUCCUGAAUUUUCCAAUGACAACCCUUUGGAAACAAAGAACAUUGCAUUCUUUUCCACAAAUUGUGUAGAAGGCACUGCUCGUGGUGUUGUCAUUAACACUGGUGACAACACAGUCAUGGGUCGCAUUGCAACACUGGCUUCAGGUCUGGAAGUUGGUCAGACACCAAUUGCUAUUGAAAUUGAGCACUUCAUCCACCUUAUCACUGGUGUGGCUGUGUUUCUUGGAGUCUCGUUUUUCAUUCUGUCAAUAAUUCUUGGUUACACCUGGCUGGAAGCUUGCAUUUUCCUCAUCGGAAUCAUUGUAGCAAAUGUUCCAGAAGGCCUUCUUGCUACAGUCACGGUUUGUCUGACUCUGACAGCAAAACGUAUGGCUCGUAAAAACUGCCUGGUUAAGAACUUGGAAGCUGUGGAGACUCUUGGCUCUACUUCUACAAUCUGCUCUGACAAAACUGGAACCCUGACCCAAAACAGAAUGACAGUAGCUCAUAUGUGGUUUGAUAAUCAAAUCCAUGAGGCUGACACAACUGAAAACCAGAGUGGAACAUCCUUUGAUAAAAGCUCCCCUACAUGGGCUGCACUGUCUCGGAUAGCUGGUCUUUGCAACCGUGCAGUCUUCCAGGCUGGACAGGAAAAUGUACCUAUUCUUAAGAGGGAAGUUGCUGGUGAUGCCUCUGAAUCUGCUCUGCUGAAGUGCAUUGAAGUGUGCUGUGGAUCAGUCCAAGGAAUGCGAGAGAAGAACACUAAAAUUGCAGAGAUUCCAUUCAACUCUACAAAUAAAUACCAGUUGUCUAUCCACAAAAAUGCCAAUACAAAAGAAUCUCGCUUCUUGCUGGUAAUGAAAGGUGCACCAGAGAGAAUUCUAGACCGCUGUUCUACAAUCAUGAUUCAUGGCAAAGAGCAGGAGCUGGAUGAAGAAAUGAAAGAUGCUUUCCAGAAUGCAUAUCUCGAGCUGGGUGGUCUGGGAGAGAGAGUACUGGGUUUCUGCCACUAUGCACUGCCUGAUGAUGAGUUUCCGGAGUCAUUCAAAUUUGACACGGAUGAAGUUAAUUUCCCUACAGAUAAACUUUGUUUCGUUGGCCUUGUGUCUAUGAUUGAUCCACCUCGUGCCGCUGUACCAGAUGCUGUUGGCAAAUGCCGAAGUGCUGGUAUUAAGGUUAUAAUGGUUACUGGUGAUCAUCCUAUCACAGCCAAGGCAAUUGCAAAGGGAGUUGGAAUUAUUUCAGAAGGUAACGAAACUGUGGAAGAUAUUGCUGCUCGCUUGAACAUUCCUGUCAAUCAGGUGAACCCCAGAGAUGCAAAAGCCUGUGUAAUCCAUGGAAGUGAUCUAAAAGAAUUGACAGCUGAGCAGUUAGAUGACAUCCUUCACUAUCACACUGAAAUUGUCUUUGCAAGAACAUCUCCUCAACAGAAGCUAAUUAUUGUGGAAGGCUGCCAAAGACAGGGUGCUAUUGUAGCUGUAACAGGCGAUGGUGUAAAUGACUCCCCUGCCCUGAAAAAAGCUGACAUUGGUGUAGCUAUGGGUAUUGCUGGAUCAGACGUAUCCAAACAGGCAGCUGAUAUGAUCUUGCUGGAUGACAACUUUGCCUCCAUUGUAACUGGCGUGGAAGAAGGCCGUUUGAUUUUUGAUAACCUGAAGAAGUCUAUUGCCUAUACUCUGACCAGUAACAUCCCUGAGAUCACACCAUUCCUGCUGUUCAUUAUUGCCAGUAUUCCUUUGCCUCUGGGUACUGUCACUAUCCUCUGUAUAGACUUGGGCACUGACAUGGUUCCUGCUAUUUCCUUGGCUUAUGAACAAGCAGAAAGUGAUAUAAUGAAGAGACAGCCCCGAAAUCCCAAAACAGACAAACUGGUAAAUGAGAGGUUGAUCAGUAUGGCUUAUGGACAGAUUGGAAUGAUUCAAGCCCUUGGAGGUUUCUUUACAUACUUUGUAAUUCUUGCAGAAAAUGGUUUUCUACCCAAUACUCUGCUGGGGAUCAGAGUAGAUUGGGAUGAUAAGUGGACUAAUAAUUUAGAGGACAGCUACGGACAGCAGUGGACUUAUGAACAGAGAAAGAUAGUGGAGUUCACCUGCCACACUGCAUUUUUUACCAGCAUUGUGAUUGUUCAGUGGGCUGACUUGAUUAUUUGUAAAACGAGAAGAAACUCAGUUUUCCAGCAGGGAAUGAAGAACAAGAUUCUAAUAUUUGGACUCUUUGAAGAAACGGCUCUUGCUGCUUUGCUUUCUUAUUGCCCCGGCAUGGAUGUAGCUCUUAGAAUGUACCCACUUAAAGCUUCCUGGUGGUUCUGUGCCUUCCCUUACUCAUUAAUUAUCUUUAUUUAUGAUGAAGUAAGAAAAUUUAUUAUCCGACGAAACCCUGGAGGUUGGGUAGAAGAAGAAACAUACUACUAAUACACUGAGACCAGAGCAUUUCAAACCCUUCAUUUUUCUUUAUGGAUGUUACGCCCAUGGUGUAAAUGUAAUGAUGCAUAAUUGGGUGUGACAAAAAUUACAUCUGUAUAGUAAAGAAUAAGGAAAACAGCUUUAUGAUAUUACUGUUACAUAUUUUUUUAAUAAAGUUGUAACAGCGGUUAAAUGUUGGCCCCUUUCUUGACAGUUUUUUUGUUUCCUUUUUUACACACAGUAAUAAAAACAAAUGGCUGCCUGCUCUGAA